AUGACUCGACAAAAUUCUACCGUAUCACUUGCAUCUAGUGAAAAAUUGAAAGGCACCAAAGAGGUAAUUGACACAAUCGAGGUAGAUUCCUCAUACGAAACCAAUCAACUAGCCAAGAACCCAUUUUUAGAUCCUAAAGUUGAAGAGUAUUAUCGUGAUUUGUACACUAAAUCAAGAUAUGAAAGUUACUCGGCAUUUGAUCCCACUUUUGAAUGGACUGAAGAGGAAGAGAAGAAGGUUAUUUGGAAAUUGAAUUGGAGAGUUGCCUUCACUGCGUGUCUUUUAUUUGUGAGCUUGCAAGUUGACAGAGGUAACUUGGCUCAAGCUGUUUCAGAUAACCUUUUGGCAGAUUUGGGAUUGAACACAAACGACUACAACACUGGUAAUACUAUCUUCCUUGUCAGUUUCUUGCUUGCCGAAGUUCCGUCACAAAUGAUUUCGAAAGCAUUGGGUCCGGAUAUCUUUAUCCCUUUUCAAAUUUGUGCUUGGAGUAUAGUUGCAAUGUCGCAGGCGGCAUUGACCAACAAAGCUGGGUUCUACAUUACAAGAUGUUUGAUCGGGGUGUUGGAAGGUGGAUUCAUUGCCGACUUGGUAUUAUGGUUGAGUUACUUUUUUACCAGUAAGGAGUUGCCUAUCAGGUUGUCAUGGUUCUGGACCACGUUGUCAUUGUGUCAAAUUGCAACUUCAUUAAUGGCGUUUGGAAUAUUGAGACUCAGAACCUGGGGAUGGCAUGGAUGGCAGUUUCUUUUCCUCAUUGAGGGAGGUUUCACUUUAGCCAUUGGAAUUGCAUCUUGGUUCUUAAUGGCGCCUAGUGCUGUACAAACUAAACGUUGGUAUAACCCCAAAGGUUGGUUCACAGAAAGAGAAGAAAAGAUUGUUGUCAAUAGAAUAUUGAGAGAUGACCCCACUAAAGGAUCAAUGAAUAAUCGUCAGCCGAUUGGUUUGAAAGGGUUGUAUCACUGUCUCAUUGACUAUGAUAUGUGGCCACUUUACAUCAUUGGUAUUGUUGCUUAUAUUGGACUGCACACAUUUCAACAAUACUUCACCUUGAUGAAUCGACACUUGGGGUUUUCAGUAUUUGAUACAAAUUUGUUAACCAUCCCAUCAACAGUCAUUCAUAUCAUAUUUUUGUUGCUCAUUACUUGGUUAUCGGAAAGAGUUAAUGAACGAAGUUUUGUAUGUACAAUUAUGCCUAUUUAUACCAUCCCGAUAAUGGGCUUGAUUAGAUGGUGGCCAGGUGCAGGCAAAGAAGCUUGGCCAACGUGGGUGUUGAAUACAUUGUAUUUGGGUCAACCUUAUAUCCAUGCCAUAUGUGUAGCUUGGGUGUCAAGAAACUCCAAUUCAGUCAGAAACAGAUCAAUUUGCUCUGCUUUAUACAAUAUGUUUGUUCAAUUGGGGAGUAUAAUUGGAAGUAAUAUCUAUCGUGAAGAUGAUAAACCAUUGUAUCAUCGAGGAAAUAUGCAAUUGUUUGCCAUUACCUUCAUUUUGUUACCGAUUUUAUUAUUGACUAAAGCAUAUUAUGUAUGGAGGAAUAAAACUAAAGACGAAAUUUGGAAUUCAAUGUCGGAGGAGGAGAGACAUAAGUAUAGGGAAACAACCACUGAUCAAGCUAACAAGAGAUUGGAUUUCAGAUUUGAUCAUUGA